GUCACACAUACGUACGGAGCUAUUAGAGACAAUAUUUGAAGAAAGUUAAAGGGAACUUGGGAUUUAUGAUGCGAUGUAGUGAUUUAAAAUAGUGUUUCCAUAAAUUUAUGUAAAUAAAAGUAUUUUGGCGUAUAUUUAUAUAAAAAAGAAGAGGAAAUAAACUCAGUUUGUUAAAGUAAAAGAUAAGACAUGCUAACCUCAGAUCAAACAGAAACAAGUGCAAAUAUGGAGCUCUUGAAUAAAAAGGAUUAUACGAAAAAAGAAAUCAUCACAUAUCGCUUCUCUUUAAACAACGAGAAGGCAGAACCACCUGAAGUACCGGAGAUGAUAACACGGAUUCGGCAAGUCCUUUUGUCAAUAUGCGCAUCAUUAGCAUGUCUUCCAUUCGGCCUAAUGCUGGGUUGGCCAUCGCCAACGAAUCCAAUACUCAUCAGCCAGGACUCGCCGAUACCCAUAACGAUGGACCAAAGUGCAAUGAUAGCCGGUUUCUUGAUGAUCGGUAACACAGUGGGGACUCCUUUUUGCCGAAAAACAUUCCUUGGAACCAAAUUCAGUAUUCUAAUAGGUAUUCUAAUUAUGGGAGCUGGAUGGACUCUGAUGUGGCAAUCUCAGAACAUAUUCUGGCUACUAGGAAGCCGACUUCUGGUUGGAAUAGGUAAUGGAUACUGUGCAGGCCAAGUCAAGAUGUACAUUAGCAACAUUUGUGAUGAAGAUCUUAAACAGAUGUUCACCAAACUAAUUAAUUUGUACGUUUUUCUAGGAAUUAUACUGAUAUACUCAUUCGGCCCUUUUAUUGACUUCAGAUACACGUCAAUAACGUGUAUGUUAAUCACGUUGGUUAUUUUCUGUAUAAUUUUAUUGUUGCCCACUACUCCUAAGGAGUUAGUUAAAGCAAAUAAACUCAAACAAGCUAGAAAUAUAAUUUCUAAACUAAAACCGGGCAUAAAUUUGAAUACCGAAGUGAAUAAAAUAAGUGACAGCCUGAAAAUAGACAACCAAGAAUACGGUUUUUUACCUUUGGUGAAAGACAGAGAAGCGCGUAUUGGUUUUGUAAAAUUCACUUUGUUGGUAUUCUGUCAGCAAUUUAGUGGUGCUCCUGCUACCUUAAUAUAUACUCAAAUUUUACUCAGGGAAUCACACUGUGCAUACCCCCAGUAUUUCGCUAUAGCGUAUGCUAUUACGUUUUUUAUCAGCAAUAUCAUUGGUAUAUUUCUGAUGCCAAGGUUUAACAAAAAAACAGUAUUAUUGUUGUCUACUUUUAGCGUUAUUUUAUUACAAAUAACAAAAAUUUUAGUUGUUUGUUUUGAAGUGAAUGAGAAGUACUGGAGUUAUUCUUCAACUCUCAUUCUAUUUUUAUUUAUUAUAGUACAUACUCUAGGAUUAGGAAACAUUCCAGUUACAAUGAUUCCGGAACUGUUUUCCAGUUCCUACAGAACAUUCGCCACUCAUUUCUUCAUAUGUUUUCAUUCCAUGUUAGCUUUAAUUAUUACAAAGAUAUUCCAAGUAUUAUUGACUCAGUAUAAUGUAGGAGUUCCUUUUUAUUUAUUUUUAAGUGUUAGUAUGUUUGCGUUUGUUUUUAUUUAUUUCUUUGUAAGACAAAAGACUGAAAAAAGCGCGGCUGUAAUUGUUGAAAAUAAUUUAGACAAAAACAAUAAAAUUGUUAUAUGAGA